CACACACACACACACACACACAACCACAAUCCCGUUUUCAUCGGAUUCCCGUGAUGUUGUACUUUCUGGAAUAGUGGAUUUACUUCCCGCAUGGACGCACUAACCGAGCACAUCCAGGCAUGGUCAGCUGGAAGUGUGUCAGGGCGGUGUGAGAUGAACUAUGGAGCCGUACAGGAGGCAAGUCACUAGCCGAGCCAUCAGUCACCCAGAAAGGCCUCGCAGCAUGCAGCUGGGCCCUCGCUGAUACCAGGUGGACCUGGGCCUCUCCUCCUCACCUGAGGCCAGGCCUGCAGAAUGCUCAGUCCUGUCACCCCAUACAGUCUGUUGAAGAUGCACUGGUCUCCGGAGCACGCUGCCCCUUUAUCUCAGUGGCCUGAGCAGCACCUAGAUGUCACGUCGACCACAUCACCCUCCUCGGCCCACAAACACGAGCCCUACACUACUGCAUCUCGCCGCGGCUAUGCCCCUGCAAGUUAUCCCUGGGCCAGUGAUGACAUAUCAGCCCUAACUGCUUCUUCUCUGCUUAAACGCUAUGCUGAGAAGUACUCCGGCCUGGAGCUGUCCUAUGAACGCCCUGCUACAGGGCCUUACUCAGAGCCGGGGACUUUCCUAAAAACUGAGUCUGAGCCCUGGGCUUUGGGCCAGGGCAUGGAAUGCUAUCCUGGACUGGAGACUCUAAAUGGCACCAAGGUGGGGUCUGCCUCCGCGGGGAUCCCAGCCACAGGAAGUGUAACUGUAGUAAGCAGUAACUUGGCCUCAGAGCCAGGCUACAGUGGUGCUGGCUCCUGCAAUGCCCCGUCAACUCAGGAAUACCCUCCCGCCUACAACAGCACCUACCUGACUUCAGGAUAUUGCCCUCAGCCCACCGCAGCACUUCCACCUGCCCCCCUACACUCCUUACAGGCCACACCCACCCUAGUCCCCAGUUAUAGUGCCAGCACUCCUGUCUACAACUACCCACCAGGGUGCUACCCCCAAACUAGCCUGUCAUCAGGAUACAGCCAUCCCAGUGCCUCCUACCUGCCCUCUGGCAUUAGUGCUCCCACUCCUCUGGCCCCUAGGCCCACCAUGGUGGGGGCAAAUUACAGCUACACCGCUCACAACCUCGGAGUGAGCUCUGACGCAGGGGUGCAACUGAAACGCAAGGCCUUUGAGAUGACGGAUGAUGAACAAGAAGGGGCAGAGGUGGAAGGACGCUACAGAAAGUACAGCAACGGCCAUGGAAACAGCCACGGCAAAGGUAACGGUAACGGGCACGGCAACGGCUAUGAUAUCGGGGGCUCGGCCUCAGACCCAGAAGCCUACAAACCUGGAAAGUCUCUAAUAUCUCCCCCUUAUGGUGGAGUCGGGGACUACAGCCCGCCGUCAGGUCUCUCAGGUGAGAACGUGUCGGGGGAACACAACUUCCCUCAGCAGCAGAGGAUGUCGAUGAAGAUACCUGCAUCUCACUCACAAGCCGAGGACCCCGCUGGCGGACGCUGACUGUCCCCGGGCAGCAUUUGAGAGGAUUCCUCGCUCCCUAAAAACCAACCACAGUUCUUAAGCCACAUGGAGUUGCAGUUGGAGUAGCACUGGAUUUGUGUGUAGAAAGUGUAAUCUCCCCAGCAAACACACGAGGGCACAAGACACAUUUAGCAAUUCCAUCGUUCACGUUUUUCCAAAGAUUCACAGGAGCAUCUACCCCUCCAAGGUUGAGAUAAGUCUUACAAGUCAGGUGGAGGCAUUCUCUACAUAGAUAAUAUGAAGACGGUCUAAAUGUAUGAGUGUCUGUUUCUCUCAGGAUCCUAUUUAUUUCCUGUCUGCUACUGUGGCAGCAGCGCUGCAGCAUUGCUGUUUUAGAAGUUGGUGUAAUUAUUUGUGGCCAUGAUAAAUGUUAAAAGGCCUUUUGACUGCAAUGUUCUAUCACACCACAAAAAAUCAUUAACUGACCAAAAAGAAAAAGAGCAAUAACUGAAAUGGUAAGAUUGCCAUACUACUUUAGCACAAUCACUGCGACACAGCUGAAUACAAGGCUUGAUGAGUUACUUGGCCUUGAGAGAUGAAUGUUUCCCUCUUUCCUUUUUUUAUAUUGUUCUCUUGAUCUUGUUCUUUAUCUAGUUUCUUUCCUCUACCCUGCCUUCUCUGCUCAACCUUUCUCACUGCUGAGCAUUUGUUUUUUUGUCCACUUUAUACAUAUCAAGCUGCUUAUCAACUGACAACAUGGAAGUGUUAAUGAAGCCGCCCUUUAAAUUUUACGUCUCUGCAUUUUAUUGCAAAGAAAGAAUCUCAGAUUUUAUGUAUUUUAAAAUGAAUAUUUAGUGUUUGCAAGAUCACAGUUAUACAAGUAUAUGCAGAUCCUCUUCUAAGCGCGUUUACAUGCAGAUUUCUGCUAAAUGUUUUGAGUAUGCGAAUACUGUAAUACUUGGCCCAGCUUAUGCCUUGUCUUUAAUAUUUAAAACGAGUGAAUAUAAAAAUCAAAAACAAAGCAACCAAACAGAGGUCUGCGUACGGCUAAAAUGUACUCGCAGCAGUUUGAAGGUGCAUAAAGGCUGUUGGUCGUCGUGUUCUGAAUGCAGACAGAGAGGCAUGUGAGUUGCAGUGGAGUGUUUCAGAGUCAGUGCCUCGAACGAUUUAAGCUCAACAUCACAUUCUUUGAGAAGAUUUGCCUGCUUAUCUGCUAAAAUUUACUUUAUCUUUUUUCUUUUGAAUAUGCAUUCUCUUUACUUUUGCCUCUCAGAAGGAUGAUUUAUACUUGUGUUAUUGAAAUACUCAGGAAGACUAUUGUUACCUCUGAAUGAUAAAACAAGAAUGUAUGUAAUGACCUUAGGGUGUUGGUCAAGAGCUUUAUGGAGUAAGAUUAAUGAAAUGGAGCCAUGGCGGAAACUUCAGGGAAACCAUGAACUUACAAGGCCUUCAAUAGUAUAAAAUAUACACGCACACGCUCACACAAACACCAUUUAGCCAGCUUCUUUGUUUCGGAAAACUUGAAGUUUUUGUACCAUGCACGAAAUGUUGAAUGUAAUUCAGAUCUUUUUUUUUUCUUAAAGGACAAUACAUGUCAUAAUGUAAAUCAGUGAUGUUUUUAGUUAUAUGAAACAUAUUUUCUUCAUGUAUAGAUGUUAUUCUCUUAUAGGUUUUGGUGGAAAAAUGAAUGACAUGUUAAGUGUUAGUUUAGUUAGUGAUAGGGACAUGGUUUUGCGGACAGACUGUCUAAAGAAAGCACUCCUCGUAAAUAGACACUCGCGUAUUAAAGAUCUAUACAUGCUGCAGGAACUCUUCUAUGAAAUGUCUUAAUAAAGAGCACAGUUCUCAUGUCAGUAUUUUAAAAUCAUGAGUCAGACAGGUUCAAAUUGAUUUCCAACCUGAAAUAUAAACUGACUGCAUCCACUGUCAGGAGAUAUGAACAGUCACAGCUCUAAACGUUGUUUUCUCUUUCACCACAUUGCAGCUUUAUAGUCCCACAAUAGCAGCCCUGCAGAAGCUGCUGAAGUUUGCUGUAGUUUAAGGGUUGUCGCAAAACCAAACUCCAAACUCAUACUAGAGUUAGACAAUUAGUCUGAAUUGCAGCAUCUGUAAUUCAGGGUUAUGACAAAGUAUUUGGAAAAUAUAACCAUUCAUAAAACGUAUACUUAGUCACAAUGCGGUUAAGUGUGAAAAAUGGACUUUCAUUAUUGAUUUAAUAAUCUGAGGGAGAAAUAGAAAUGUUAGGGAAACGAUAAUGUACUCUUAACCCCUAUUUUUCAAGUUUCCAAGCGCUUACCAACAACAAAUAAAUGCUCUUCAAUGCCAAAAACACGAACCUACGUGCUGAAACAACUUGUUAAAUUUCCUCGGUGCGAGUCUGAUUCAGGGAAAGAUGUGGAGUCAAAGUCAAACUUCUACUUAAGUUGUCUCUUUUGCAUUCUCUGUAACCAUUUCUACCUCAUUUUGAAGAGAUCAAACAUGGAAGUAUUUAUUUCAUGUCAUUUACACAUGCCAGUUAAAGGAGUAUUGUUUCUAAUUCUUUACCUGUUAUAGUCUACCUCACUAAGGACUGUUGUGUCAUGGAA